CCUUAAAGAUUUUAAAAGAGAGACGGAGUCAGACAGUUUGACAGUCACUCACUGAGCUUUGCAUCGCGUGCGCACAGACACAACUUAUCCGCUGCGCGUCAGGACUGCAGUCGUUCGCGCCACUCUCCCAUCCGUUCCCAUGUUUAGGAUGCUACAAACACCACAGCUCCGUCAAGGCGUGAUUGCACUUUUCAUGUGGUUCACUCACUUUAUGGAGGAAUACAAAGUCCAGGCGGGUAACUGCUGGUUGCAGCAGGGAAAGAACGGCCGGUGCCAGGUGCUCUACAUGUCCGGGAUGACCCGAGAGGACUGCUGCCGGAGUGGCCGUCUGGGCACCGCAUGGACUGAGGAAGAUGUGCCCAACAGCACGCUGUUCCGAUGGAUGAUCUUCAAUGGAGGCGCGCCUAAUUGCAUACCUUGUAAAGAAACAUGCGAUAGCGUUGACUGCGGUCCUGGGAAGAGAUGCAAGAUGAACAAGAGGAACAAGCCCAGGUGUGUGUGUGCUCCGGACUGCUCCAACGUCACAAGGAGGGGGUCCAUCUGUGGGUCGGAUGGAAAAUCCUACAAGGAUGAGUGUACAAUGCUCAGGGCCCGCUGCAGGAACCAUCCUGACCUGGAGGUCCAGUACCACGGACGCUGCCGCAAGACAUGUCACGGAGUUCGCUGCCCUGGCUCUGCGUCGUGUGUCGUGGACCAGACCAACAAUGCCUACUGUGUGGCCUGUAAUCACCAGUGUCCAGAGGUGAAGUCACCUGACCAGUACCUGUGUGGCAACGACGGCGUUGUUUAUGCCAGCGCCUGUCAUCUGAGGAGAGCCACGUGCAUCCUGGGAAGGUCCAUCGGCGUGGCGUACGAAGGGAAAUGCCUUGACGCCCGGUCAUGUGGCGACAUCGUGUGUCGGGGAGCGAAAAGGUGUCUGUGGGAUGAAGCGAGUGGCCGCGGACGCUGCUCUGUGUGUGACGAGCCAUGUCCGGAGAGUCGCCCGGGUGAGAGUGUGUGCUCCAGCGACAACAACACCUACCCCAGCGAGUGUUCCAUGAGGCAGGCCGCAUGCGCUCAGCAGCGUCACCUGGAGGUCAAACACUCAGGAUCCUGCAACUGUUUAAACCAGGUUUAAACCAUCACCCCACUGCCCAGCCCAGCCCCCCUCUCAGCCUCCAGCCUCUCUCAUAACCACAAUCACUUUUCUUUAUGUCCCGUACUCUGGUCCAUGGAAGAAGAGAAGCAGACUGUCAGUGAAUCAAGUCAAGGAAAAUUUGAUUCAUGAUGCAGUUGGAUUCUGUGCUGUUGUUAGGGUCAAUGGGGCGGUGGUUAGAGCAUUGGACUAGUAGUUAGUUAGAGCGUUAGUAGUGGUUAGAGCGUUGGACUAGUAACUGAAAGGUUGCAAGAUCGAAUCCCCGAGCUGACAAGGUAAAAAUCUGUCGUUCUGCCCCUGAACAAGGCAGUUAACCCAUUGUUCGUAGGCCAUCAUUGAAAAUGAGAAUUUGUUCUUAACUGACUUUCCUAGUAAAUAAAAUAAAAAUUAUGCUUAAUGUUGCAGUGAGAUUCUGUGCUGUUGUUAGGGUCAAUGAUGCUUAAUGUUGCAGUGAGAUUCUGUGCUGUUGUUAGGGUCAAUGAUGCUUAAUGUUGCAGUGAGAUUCUGUGCUGUUGUUAGGGUCAAUGAUGCUUAAUGUUGCAGUGAGAUUCUGUGCUGUUGUUAGGGUCAAUGAUGCUUAAUGUUGCAGUGAGAUUCUGUGCUGUUGUUAGGGUCAAUGAUGCUUAAUGUUGCAGUGAGAUUCUGUGCUGUUGUUAGGGUCAAUGAUGCUUAAUGUUGCAGUGAGAUUCUGUGCUGUUGUUAGGGUCAAUGAUGCUUAAUGUUGCAGUGAGAUUCUGUGCUGUUGUUAGGGUCAAUGAUGCUUAAUGUUGCAGUGAGAUUCUGUGCUGUUCUUAGGGUCAAUGAUGCUUAAUGUUGCAGUGAGAUUCUGUGCUGUUCUUAGGGUCAAUGAUGCAACUGCUAGUAGACAAUUUGUUCUUCCAUAUAUCCGUCAUCAGACAGGGAAGCUUGAGGAAGAGGGGAAGGAAGAAGAGGAGAAAGAAGAGCAGGAAUACUAGGAUUUUCUUCAUCAAUAUGUCCUGGAAUACAGCCUGGAUGAUAAACCUUAUAAUAGGUGAAUAGUGUUUCAGUUCAGCCACAGAAUACUGUUCAUAUUGUAUAUAAAGUGUAUGCUUAUUUAUUGUCCAUGGAAGAGAAAUAAGCCAGGGUCUCCCGAACUCAGUCCUCGGGAUCCCAAGGGGUGCACGUUUUGUUUUUUGUCCUAGUACUACACAGCUGAUUCAAAUAAUCAACUAAUCAUCAAGCUUUGGUCGUUUGAAUUGACUGUAUUGUUAGGGCAAAAACCAAAACAUGCAGCCCUUUGGGUGCCCAGGACCGAGUUUGAGAAACCCUGGCUGAACUAAGCAAUCGUAUAUUUUAAAUCUUGUAGGUGUUGUUUACUUGUAUGUAUUUAUAUAUUUUGUUUAUUAUUUAUACAUUAACAGUGUCCGUCUGUCUUACUGUAUACCUAAUGUCUCUUGCAUUUUAUCCAAAGAGAAAAUGUAUUAUUUAUUUGAGGUGCAAUACUACCCACAUUGAUGUUCUUGUUCUGUAAACUCCUGCAAUGCAUUCUCUGAGUUGUACACAUCUGCUUAUUGUGGGCAAGAUUUGGAUUUACCCCUUCUUCCUACAUUGUGAAAUGUUGGCUAGCGUGUUUAGUGUGUUCCAGUUUAUUUUAUGGAGAACUUGUUGCUCACCAAUGUAUAUACCCUAGUGAGAGAAAGGUUUUGAUGACCCAAAGCUGACCUAAAUGUCUUUGUCUAGUCUUUUGUUGAACCAGAGUUACCCGUCCUAGUCCCACUACAGUGCAUAGCGAUACUUUUAACGAGUCACUAUGGUCUCUCUCCCUUCAGAAAAUGACUAGCUUUGUUUAUUAAGGGGAGCAGGAUGGAUGCCACUAAAACAAUGUACAGUUGAUGUCGGAAGUUUACAUACACUUAGGUUGGAUUCAUUAAAACUUGUUAUUCAA